UAUCACCGUCCACCGCUAAACCACCCACGUCACUUCAAACCACUGUCAUCAUUGGAAUCGUUCUUUCUCCGCAGCUUAGCAUUAGGGCUGCAGAACCCAGCACUACCCCCACCUCCCCCACCAACACACACACACACACCCCUCUCCACCACCUCCCACCCUCCACACACCCCUCCCCCCCAAAAAAAUAAGCCAUUCCGCAAUCGGACACGGGGGUAAUCUAUCGCCCACAAUCAGCAGGAACUUUCCUCUCUCUCUCUCUCUCUCUUUCUCUCUCUCCCUAUAAUGCACCCUACCUCCAGUAUGCUCGGCGCAGUGAAAAUGGAAGGACAUGAGCAUGCAGAUUGGAGCUCCUAUUAUGCAGAGUCCGAGGGGUACCCCACGGUGAGCAAUAUGAACGGGGGAAUUGGAAUGAACGGCAUGAACACGUACAUGACCAUGUCCGCCAUGGGCACCAGCGCCAAUAUGACAGCGGGCUCCAUGAACAUGUCCUACGUUGGCACGGGCAUGAGCCCAGCUAUGACCGGCAUGUCCCCGGGCGCGGGGGCGAUGAAUGGCAUGGGGAGCGGUAUGUCGGGGAUGGGCAGCGCCUUGAGCCCCAGCAUGAGUCCGAUGAGCGCUCAGGCGACGUCCAUGAACGCCCUGACCUCCUACACCAACAUGGGCAUGAGCCCGCUCUACGGCCAGUCCAACCUGAACCGAUCCAGAGACCCCAAGACCUACCGCCGCAGUUACACCCACGCCAAGCCUCCUUACUCCUACAUCUCCCUCAUCACCAUGGCCAUCCAGCAGUCCUCCAGCAAGAUGCUGACCCUGAGUGAGAUCUACCAAUGGAUCAUGGACCUGUUCCCUUUCUACCGUCAGAACCAGCAACGUUGGCAGAACUCUAUCCGCCACUCGCUCUCCUUCAAUGACUGCUUCCUGAAAGUGCCCAGGUCCCCGGACAAACCGGGGAAGGGCUCCUUUUGGACCCUGCACCCGGACUCGGGCAACAUGUUCGAGAACGGCUGCUACCUGAGGCGCCAGAAGCGCUUCAAGUGCGAGAAGAAGCAGGCGCUCAAGAAUUCGCAGCAGGACGCCGGUCGCAAGUCUGCCGAGGGCUGCUCGGCCGGGAACGGUACCGACUCCAGCCCGGGGAAUGAGUCCCCCCAGUCCGGCAGCUCUCCCGGAGGAGGUGGAGGUGGUGGAGGCGGUGGUGGGGGAGGAGGAAGCGAGUCGAAGCGAGCGCUGGCCGACCUCAAGUCCCGCAGCUCCACCCUGAGCCCGGAGCACGGGAACGGAUCGGUCAGCCAGGCGCCCCCGCCUCACCUGAUGCACCAGCACCACUCGGUGCUGUCCCACCUCCCAUCACCAGGCCAGGAUCAUCUGAAACCCGAGCACCACUACUCGUUCAACCACCCGUUCUCAAUCAACAACUUGAUGUCUUCCGAGCAGCAACAUCACAAAAUGGACUUGAAGGCCUACGAACAAGUGAUGCAUUACUCUAACUAUAGCUCCCCCAUGUCCGCCAACCUCCCCAUGAGCUCUAAAGGCGUCUUAGAUCCACCGUCCAUCGCCAACGACACGUCUUAUUACCAAGGUGUGUAUGCCAGACCAAUCAUGAACUCAUCUUAAAAACAUUUAUUCCCCCCCCCCCACCCCCCCACCCCUUCUCACAAUCGGACUGGGCCAAUUCUGUACAUUUUUGUAAGAAGUGCUAAUUAAGGGAGGGAGGGAGGGUGUGCGUGGGCAAAAAUUGUGCGCAGGUAAUUGGAAAAUAUUAUUUUUGUUUGUUGAUGUUUUCAGACUGUUAGCUGUUCAGCGAUUCCUCUGCUCGUUUUUUUUUUGUUUCCGGACUGUAAAUUGCGCGCCGUUUUAAAUGUCUUCUGUUUGUUUUGACUGCUUCAGGAUACACCGGGGCGUUUAAUAUAACGACGUUUCUGUACUGUGCGCAGUUCUCUGGCCGAUUUCUCUCUCACUGAGGACCAAACUUCCCAAACAAACAAAAUGCGAACCUCCUUUCCCAUCACAUUUAAAAUUUCGCUGGCAUUUAACAGCGAAUCAACCCCCCCCCCCCCCCGCUUCG